AUGGAUUUCUUCAAGAGCAACGCCGGAAAUUUAGCUCUACUGUCUCUUCUCUUGGUUGGAGUUCUAGCUGCUUCAGUUCUGUUUCCCUCCAUGCCUAAUGUCUUCUCUUCAGUCAAGAUGAACAACCCAUGUUCUCCAUCAGUCAUGAACACCAUUGCUGCUUCAAAGGAUGAUCUCGAGAAGGCUUUGAAGGAGGUUUCAAUGGCAGACAAGACUGUAAUAAUCUCUAUGGUAAACAAGGCUUACGUCGAGAGUGAGGAGAAGACGAUGCUGGAUCUCUUCAUGGAGAGUUUCUGGUCGGGAGAAGGUACUCGGUCAUUGGUGAAUCACCUGCUGCUUGUGACAGUCGAUCAAACGGCUUUCGAUCGCUGCAUGUUUUUAAGGCUGCGCUGCUACAGACUUUGGAUCGACGACAUGGAUUCCGAAGGAGAGAAACUGUACAUGUCUGAUGAGUUUAUCAAGAUGAUGUGGAGAAGAACCCUCUUCCUUGCCGAUGUUCUGAGGCGAGGUUACAGUUUCAUCUUCACGGACAUGGACGUAAUUUGGCUAAGAAACCCAUUCACGAGGUUGUCUCAAGACCAGAGAGAGGAUCUACAGAUCAGUUGUGACAGGUUCUAUGGUGAUUCCUGGUCUGCUGCUAACCCCAUCAACACCGGCUUCUACUACGUCAGAUCCAACAGCAAGACAGUGGCAUUGUUUGAAGCUUGGUACGCCAUGAAAGCCAACUCCACGGGAAAGAAAGAGCAGGACGUACUACAGGAGAUGCGAGACAUGGGUGAGCUCUCCAGGUUAGGGAUCAAAGUGAGGUACUUGGACACCCUCUAUUUCAGUGGCUUCUGCCAAGAUAGCAGAGAUUUUGGAGCAGUGAUCACCGUUCACGCCAACUGUUGUCGUACUAUAAAUGCAAAGGUGGCCGAUCUCUGGGCCGUGCUUCAUGACUGGAACAGGUUCAAGGCUUUUACCAACCAAACAUCGUCCUUCCAAUGGUCGAACCGUACUGCUUGUAUUCAGUCAUGGUGA